GGAGAAGAAGGAGCAGCCCCCCCACCUGACGACCACCUCCGGAGCUUGAAGGCCCUCACGGAGAAACUGAGGCUGGAAACCCGCAGGCCCUCCUACCUGGAAUGGCAGGCCAGGCUGGAGGAGCAGACGUGGUCCUUCCCCAGGCCAGCUGCCGAGCAGGAUGGACCCCAGGCCACUGGCAAGCUGGAAGGCUUUGAAAGUAUCGAUGAAGCUCUAGCCUGGCUCAGGAAGGAACUGAUGGAGAUGCGGCUGCAGGACCAACAGCUGGCCAGGCAGCUCAUGCGCCUGCGCGGCGACAUCCACAAGCUGAAGAUCGAGCAGACCUGCGACCUGCACCGGAGGAUGCUCAACGACGCCACCUUCGAGCUGGAGGAGCGCGACGAGCAGGCCGACCUCUUCUGCGACGCGCCCCUCGCCGCCUCCUUCAGCCUCUCCGCGCCGCUCAGGCUCAUUGGCGUCACCAAGAUGAACAUCAACUCCCGGAGAAUCCUGCGGAAGGGCCGCGCCGUCCACGCCCACCGAGGCCUGGUUCCCAGCGCCACAGGUCUCGGUCCUCGCCUCCUGGAUCCACGUUCCUGUUCCCUGGAACCACUGGUGACUCAGCCACCUCGACAGAGACCCACCCGGAAGGGACCCACCAGGAAGGGAGAGCAAAAAGGACACAGCAGAGCUUGGGGCUAUGGGCUCCACCGCGGGCAGCCAGUGCCCGCGAGCGGGUGGUCCAGACUGCCCCCAGGCACCCCCUUGGCCCUGCAGGUGUGCUGGAAGCUGUUUCCAGUCCGCGUGGGACACAGCAGCCUAGCUUGGGUGAGCAAGCACAGAUAGCCCCUGCUGCCCGCUCUGGCCACACAGACUGAUCCCGGUCUCCAAAGAGCCCCACUGCCACCCUGCAACCCCGGGAGUCCCUAGGAGACGCCUGUGACUGGGCCAGGCAGGGCUGUCAGCAGAUUGCCCAAAACUGAAUUGGGAGUAGGGGGUGGGGCAGCAGAGCCUCCCGGCAGGGUCCGAUAGUGUCACCUACGUCCCUUCUUGCCUUCCCCAGAAAGACUCAGGGGAGCCCAAGAGCCCCUCUGAGAUUCAGCACCUGAUUUAACUCAUUUUAACUCAAUCAGACUGUUACUAAUCUGUUGCUAAUUUGUUAAUUGUUUGAUCUUUGUCCCAGUGGCAGAGCCAGUGGGUAGGUCAAGUCCAGAGGUUCAGGAUUUGAUUUUAAAAUGUUCUCCCUAAAGACAAGCACAAGGACCAGCAGGGUGAGGACUGAGACCUCAACAGGUUACAGUUAAAUGGGCAGAACGCCAUGCCCACUAUCAGCUGGGAGCCUGGCCUUCGACGUCACCCAGCUGAGCCCUCUGUUCAUAAAGGAGGAAAGUGAGGCCAGGGGAGAAUGACUCCCCUCAGGCUACACAGCUCUUUAGUGGCCACAGAAUAUGGGUGUUAAAUAAUGCCUGGAAAGAUCCUGUAUCAUUGACCUUGAAACCCAGAGAUGGUCCCCCUGCUUUGCCAACCCCACAGACUGCCAACCCCACUUCUGUCCCCCUCGUUCAGCCCCAUGCACCUCUCACUUUGCGGUGCAGAAUAUUUGGGCCAAACCCAGAGCAGUGCCUGGAUGCCGGACCCACAAACGCGUAUUACCAACUGCAAAUCCAUAGUCACAGUAAGGUGUCCCGCUGUGGUGUCUCCUGUUCUGUCUUCCUGUAUGAUCUCACUGGGGCGCAUGCACACUUGACACACACACACACACACACACACACACACACACACACACACACACUCACUCACUCACCAUGGCCCACAAUGGGGAAAGGUUCUGUUUUGUGUGGGGGCGGAGAAUGCAGGGGUCCCGCAUUAGACAGAAAAAAACUUGAUCUCUCCGUUGUCAUUUCUGAGAUCCAAAGCAUUGCGCUUCCUUCAAAGAAGCCAUGACAGCGUAGCCAAGACUUGUUUUCUGCCUGAUUCUGAGGGUGAUGGAAGUCUGAGGCCCAGGGGACCCCUCCACCUCAGUGGAGUGCCAGGCCCCCUCAGGAGGGAGAUUUUCUCCACCCAGAGCUGUCCCCCGUCGGGAUGAUAGACAAACCCUGCCAAGUCCUACAGAGCGUUGCUGCCAGGCUUCCCUGAGAUGAGUCCUAGAGGUUGUGGGGUAUCAGUCUGGCCACACUCACUACUCACCCCAGAGAGACACGCAUGUGCACAUGCUUCAGCCCACACAGGAAAGCCCAUUCCACAUUCUGAAAAGAAAAUACAAAAUGGAUUUUUUUUCUUUCUGGAAAUCAGUCAUUACAGAAAGUGAAAAAGUUGGAUUCCACUGAAGCUGAGAGAUUUGGUUGAAUUUUGUGAACCCAGUUAAGUUGGGGUCAACUGGGUGAUUUAGUUGCUCAGUUAACUUACUGGCUUCUUGCUUUCUGUUCUCUGAGAGGAAACUGGGAUCAAGGCACACUCUUGAUAGGCUGGAAGUCUCCUCUACUUCGCUCAGUCAUCUCAAGAAAAUUUUAUUUUGAGAUGAGGAAGGAGAACAAAGUAGAGCACAUCUAAGAUGAGAAGUGGGCAGGGAAGGAUGGGUAUCUUCCUAGGCAUCAGCCACUGCUGUUAGCUCCCUUAUGCCCACUGUGAACGCAACAAGCCAAGUUAGUUCAUGAAGUCCCUGCCAUGUGGGGCCCAAGACAUGUACCUGAGUCGGCAAAACCUAGCCUGGCUGCAACUUCCUGGCUUCCCACGUGUACACGCUGUCUGCAGACUCACUCAUUCCCUAUCUGUCUCUCGGUCCUCCCCAGGGACCCCUGGUGUAAAACACAAAGGCUCCAGCAACACCGCCAGGCACCGGUAACAUCCGAUGCCCUCACGGGCUUGGCAGCAACACCGGAAGCCUGGAGGCUGUGGGCAGGCGUGAGAUGGCCUGACCCAGCCCAGGCCUCCUCCCUGUAGCAAUUCCAAGUGCUAUUACUUAACCGACGGACAAUUUCUAAUUUUAUUUUUUAUGAUUAUUUGUUUCUAUAUUGCUGUUAGAAAAAGUGAAAUAAAAAUAUUUCAAAAGAA